AUGAAUCAAAUUAUGGUUCAAUCACUUCCAGCUGGUGCAAGAUUAACAGCAAUCUUUGAUUCUUGUCAUUCAGGAACAGCACUUGAUUUACCAUACGUAUAUUCAACUCAAGGAAUUGUUAAAGAACCUAAUCUUAUAAAAGAUGGAGGAACUGCAUUAUUAAGUGCAGGAAUGGCAUAUUUAAAAGGUGAUAUAUCAGGAAUUAGAUCAACUUUAACAUCAUUUGGUAAAAAAGCCAAAUCAGGAAAAAAAAUAAAAGAGAAAAAUAAAAGUCUGAAAUCAAAUUCUCAAACAUCUGCUGAUGCACAUGAAGCUGGUCAAAACACUGGAGCGAUGUCACAUGCAUUCGUUAAAGUAUUGGGAAGAAAUACGAAUAUUUCAUAUCAACAAUUAUUAAAUGGAAUUAGAGAUGAACUUUCUGGGAAAUAUACUCAGAAACCUCAACUUAGCGCAUCACAUCCAAUGGAUAUGGAUCUCUUGUUUGUUAUGUAG